GUAUAAAAACUACAAAUCCCAGAGUACGCUUGUGCCAGGCUUUAUAAUACUGUACAUGGCGUCUGGUCGAAGGCUAAAGACAAGUCGCCUUCUGACCAACAGAUAGGCCGGUGUUGUUAACGCAGGUUUUUGUUUUGCUAGCUGCCCCCGAGCGACGCCAUGGAGGUGGAGAGUGUCAGUGUGGCGGAUGAGGGGCGUCUGACCCAGCUGAGGUUUCAAGCCGCUGUCAAAGUGAUCAAGAGUUUACCCCCCGAUGGCCCUUUUCAGCCCUCCAACGACAUGAUGCUCAAGUUCUACAGUUACUAUAAACAAGCCACCGUGGGAUCGUGCAAUAUACCUCGACCGGGCUUCUGGGAUGCCGUUGGCAAAGCUAAAUGGGAUGCGUGGAAUUCUCUUGGAGACAUGUCAAAAGAAGAAGCAAUGGCAGCCUACGUGGACGAAAUGAAACUGAUCCUGGAGGGGAUGCCCGUGACCGACGAGGUGGAGGAGCUCCUACGGGUGCUCGGUCCGUUCUACGAGCUGGUCGACGAGAAGAAAAAGAUCACACAGAUAUCGGACCUGAGCACAGGGUUUGGCACGAUGCUGAAUUCAAUGCCGUCAAAGAGUGUGUCAAAGAGCAUCGCAAAGAGCAUCGUCAGAAACAUGGAAAUGAACGGCACACUGGAGACCCGGCCUGCCAAGCCCAAAGCAAACGAAGAAACGCAGCAAGACGAGGAGGAGGAUAUGGAUGAGGAGGAUGAUGAUGAUGAAGAAGAGGAGGAUGAAGAGGAAGAAGAAGAGGAAGUAGUGAUAAAGGAGGAAAGAAAAGCGUCACCGCCAAAGAAAAAGAGCUCAACCAGGAGACACAAAGCUCCCCUGUCAAAUGGCAAAGUGGCUAACGGGGUCACACACACGACAAACGGGAGUCAUUCCAGGGCUGCUCUGAACAGCGACGACUCCCAGGAGGGUUUAGUGGGCGAGACUCUGCUCAACGGGCACCACGCAGAUCCAAGCGUAGACGUGUCUGGACCCCAUCACCUAGCAAGUGACUCAGACAGCGAAGUCUACUGUGAUUCUGUGGACCAGUUCGGUCAAGAAGAGUGCUCUGAGCAUAACCGCUCUCUGGAUGACCUGGAUGAGGAGGAGAGCCACGUCCUGCUGCCUCUAGAGGAGCAGCAGGAGGAUGUUCAGGGCAUCAGAUGUGGAGGAGAAGACGGAGAGGCAGGAGGAACAGCGCCGCAGAAACAGAGGCUGAACGUGGACGUACCAGGCAGCUCUUUGGUCAGAAGAGGACGAGGUUCCAGGUCUCCGGGCCGCGGCUCUGGAGCUCUGAUGCCCGUGCACAGCGGGGGCAACGCUGGCGGGGGCAACUGGGGAGGCGCAGGAACACCUGGGGGGAGCCUGAACGAGCAGAUUGUGGUGGCGUUGGCCAGACUGCAGGAGGACAUGCAGAGCGUUCUGGAGAGGCUUCACACGCUGGAGGCUCUCACUGCCAGCCAGGCAAGAUCAGUGGCUCUGUCUCCUACUUAUGUAACACCCCCAGUUAGCAAGAAGAGUCAGAAACCGUCCUGGUGGCCUUUUGACAUUUCACCAGCCAGUUUGGCUUUCGCUGUUAUAUGGCCGUUUGUCGUACAGUGGCUCAUCCGCCUGUACUUGCAGAGGAGGAGAAGGAGAAUCAACUGAACCUGCUCACACCUGAACACCACAUGGGCACAGACGAUAACACGUAAAUGAUUUUAGCUGGGUUGCUAAUGGCUGUAACUCCUCCCCCCUACUUCCUGCUUAGACCCACAGCCCAGUAAUUUGCUUUUGCACUAUGAAGAAGGCGUUUAGAGUAAUGAAGCGAGAGGAAGCGACCUCUUGAGCGUGUUGCACUGCGGACGUGGAAUCCAAGAGGAACACGAAUGUAAGGGCUCCCGGCCUGCGAUCUUACCUUUUUCAAGACGAUGACCACUGUACUGGAAUCUUUUUAUCUAACAGUUUGCGUGGAGAAGUAGAAAAUCUACAGGUGGAAUAUUGUCGGUGUGUUCAACUUGUGGCUUCUCGAUUAGCUCCAUAACUGAGGCUUUGUUGCGCAAAAGCAGGCCUUUGCUGUUUAUGAGCGCAACGCUUGACGUGAUUAGAAAUUUCUUCACAAUUGUCUGUCUUUAGUUGCCCAGGUAAUGCUGCUACAAUAAGAUGUUGUAAUAACUGUAGAUUAGAAGUGAGGAUUGAAUGUAUUAAUGUUCCAAGAUGUGAGAUUCUGUUUAAUUAAGUUAAUAUUUAUUGCUUGUAGCGACAGUUCCAGUGAAAGGCAUCGCUGGCCGGAUUGCAAGUGAGGUUUGUGUUUAAAGUGACUGCUAUGUGUUAUGCUUAAGUUAGACAAAGUCUGGGAUGAGUUCCCAUCACCCGACCUGCUGCAUAUCAGUCUGUGCUUUUACGCCUACUUCAUCGAAAUAGAAAAAGUGCCUCAACAUCAUAAGGUACAUUCAUACUGUACAGUUAGGUGGCAUUACGCUUUUCACACAUUCACACAUUGUAGCAUAACUGUUGCAGUUCUGGACCAAAUUAGCAUCGAUCAUACUACCUAGCGAGCCAUGAGGUGGUGAGAAUCAUCCGCUCAGAUAUCCGAUUUGACGAUCGUCGCGUUUUUUUGCGUUGUAUAAUUUUUCAUGUGUGACGUUUGUAUGAAUAUUGUGCAGAGAUUUUUCGUUUGACUGAUAGUAAUCACAAAUUUGUUUGCAAAGCAGCGAGCUCUAUACAAAUUGUAUACAAUAUAUGUAAAAUACAGAUCAAAAUGCAAUAUUUUAAUUGCAUCCCAGUGUAUUAUUAAUGUAGAAUAUAUAUCAUAUUUACAGAGGUUGGCAUCUGCAAUAGCACAUCUCUUUCCAGAGCCAUUAUGUUUUAAUAAAGAGGCGAUAGUUUUAUCUUUUUACUGAAAAUGUACUAAUGCUUUCACACCCUCUCUGCCUGUGGAUAGAGUGGUGUUUGCAUGUGAUAAUCUCAGCUAGAAAUAAAGUUUUCACAAAGCA